UGAGUGAGGCGGGGGGGAGGAGGUGUGUUAAGAUUAGUGAUGAUGAGAAGAAGUUUACGGGGGAUCCGGGGAGGGUUAGGGAAGUGCUUGAUGAGUUGGGGUUGGGGGGGAGGAGGGAUUGAUAAGAUACACAGAGUCACUACCGGCAAUACAAAGUGUACCAAAGGUUCGAAUUGCGAUGAGGUCAAUUUGUUCGUAACGAGUUGUGGUUGUGUCCCGAUACAUUGCGUUGCACUCGGGCCUCCCCUGACCUCGACGUAUAAAGGACAUACAACCUCCCUCGAUCUUCUUCCUCAGUUACUCAGUUCUUAGCGACCAACACUCAGCAAACAACUUGUCUGCAACUACACCAACAACCAGGAUGUCCAACUCAGACCCUGCUCGUACCGUAUUCACCAUCUCCGACACGACCAUCGGGAUUUUCGAGCAUUCUGGACAGUCGAGCGUGAAUACGGAGUAUCGUAUCAGUCGUUGCAAGAUUGAAAGGUUCGUCGAUGGCGUGACACGCUUGGAGCACGAUUCUGUUCAGACGGAGACUGAUAAUCAGAUGGUUCGUUAUCGGACGAGGACGGAUAUGCGUGGGACUGUGGGUGGGGAUGAAUGCCGGGGUGAAAGUGAGAAGAUGGUGACGAGGACAAUUACGGCCAUUGAGUCCUCCUCCUCCUCUCUCCUGCAAGAUUCUGACACCGCUACCACCGAGCCUUGCCACAUCCACGGCACAGAUUCUGCGACUUCUCCACUUACUGAGCAUCCUCGCCAACAAGAAAAGAUGAAUGGAGGCGAAAUGAAGAGUGUGCCUGGGCCUACGGCACUCAGGCAUGACCUCGCUAUCGCACGCGGCGUCACUCUUCCCUCUCGUUCAUUCGGGUAUGACGACAAGGGUUCGGGACAGGAUAGGGAGACUGAGUUGAGCUUGACGAGGAGUACGUCUGCAUCUGCAUCUGCCUCAGCCUCUGCCUCCGCCUCGGCGGGUGCGGAAAUGGAUGUGGAUGAGCAGGAGAAUGAGGCUUCAGUCACCCGUUCCCCGAAGACGUUCUCUGUAGUCGUGGCGGCGAAAGAGGAGGAGGAUGAGGUUCAGAGUCAGAGUCACGCUGCCAGUUUGGAAGAUGGGGAUGCAGCGCAUGCUCGGAAGCAUGAACAGGAGGGCAAGGAACGCUGGGAAAGUCGUCUUAAAUCGGAUAUGCCUCUGGAGAGCCAGGGUAGGAGGGUUUAUCAGCAUAAUCAUGGAGCUGAGGAGUCGGAGGAGCGUGGGCGGCCCAUUGAGCGUUCACCCAAACAGAAGCCGUCCGGUCGUCGUCAUGAGGAGGAGCACUAUGAAUGGAUCCAAUCUCAUGGAGGCUCGCAGGAGCGUGCCAUGGUUUCCUGCAAACAGUAUAGGUAUGACUCUCGUGAGAUGGAUGUCGUUGCUUAUCGACCUACACGCGAAGAUCCACGCGAAGCUCAGCGUUCAUCCUCCCGUGGCCGUGGGCAUGAACGCCGUUACAUCGAGGACCGCUGCUGUGACGAUUACUCUCAGAAGCCAACACAGUCGCCCCCACGCAAUCGCGAGUACUCUGAUCAUGAUCACGACCGGAGGAAGUAUCGCACGCGGUCUCGCUCACGUUCUCGGUCGGCUUCACGUCGUCGCAGAUACAGUCCUAGCCCUUAUGGUGAGCGGACGGAAAGGUUUGGUGUUGACUACCGGAAGCAUGCGGAUCGCGACGGGAAGGGGUCGCCUGAGAAUAAACGGGCUGCGUCCACCGACAAAGACAGACCAGUACGUGACGAACACGGGCAGCGAAGAGAGCAGGAGUGCGAUGCCUCGCCGCGGGAGUUGGCGCUCGCGAUGGCUGUGUCGAAGAAUAAAAGAGACAACGAGCGUGCGGCCGCUGGUGAAGUAUCAUUGGAGCUUGGGCAAGAGCCAUUCCAUGAGGACUCUCACCCGUCGUCUACACAGCUAGUCGUGGUCAGGCGUGGAAAUCGUCGAAUUGAGCUCUCGCCCGAGGUGGCGGAUUUGACGUCGAAUAGCCAUGCACCAGAGAUUGCUCUACAGAAGUUGUCGUACAAGGCAAAGGCUACGAGUUCUUCCGCGCUCGCCGUCGCUCACAACACCCAUCGCUGCUACGAAGGUGAAUCGGCUUCGACGGCCAAGGAAAGGCUUAUCGAUGUCCGUGAUGGCGUGAAAGUACAGUACGCACCGAAGUUGAAGACGCAGAAGAUCACUGAGCGCCAUGACACGGACCGUACCGUUGACAUUCCCAGGAGCUUGGUCAAAGAGGUCUCACAGAGUACCUCUCAGGUGAAGAAAUACACUGACAUGCAAGUUACGGGAACUACAACGGGUGGUCAAACUAUCACGAAGAGCAAGGUGCAGGACCGCGAUGAUACUCCGAGGUUGACGGAUCAGGCAAGUGCUCAACAGAAACCAGCUGUUGUCAACUCCCGUCAUGAUACGGAUCGAACCGUCGAUGGUCCCAGGAGCGCGGUAAAGGACAUAUCGCCGAAGUAUUCGGGAGAAAAGACUUACAACGGUACACCCGCUACGGAGGCCGACACAAGUGUUCUCAAGAAACCCGUCGAGCCUCGCCCGAAGAAGCCCACGUUUCCGAAGUUCGAGAUCCCGCCGUUCAAAUCCAGAGCUGUUGCAAAGAGUGACAUCCCGGAGAUCCCCGCGUUCAAUUCGAUGAAGAGGUUUGCUGCGCCGGUGGAGAAUAGUCGGGGAUCGAGGUUUGAGGUGUUGGAGGAGGGGGGUGGGGGGAGUAAGGCGAAAAAGGCGAGGAUGUGAGGAGGCAAGCAUGAGAAGGUGAUUGUGGAACAUGGUUGGGACAGUUUAAUGGAGGGUGUGUUAAUGUUUGUCUUCGUCAUAUAAGGAGGAAAUUGAAUUUACAUGGUCGUU